UUCAAGUCUCAAACGCACUCAGGGCCAGAGGAAGGACCAUAAAAGUCACACCUUUACAAAUACAUAUCGGCAAACUCACUCUGCUGCUGCUCCACGUGGAGGCUGUGAAUGUUUAACUGGUGGAUUGACAGCUUUUAACCCGUUAAAAAGGUAAAAGAGAAGAGCUGAAGCCAAGAAGAAGAGGAUCUGAGCUGAAAAGGAGAAACCUGAGUGAGGGAAAAAAAGGACACUGGUUUCGACUCACUUUGUUUUUGCCGGUUUUGGAUGAUGGCGCCAUGGGUGGAAGGUGAAUGUCCAGGAGCCCAGUGACUGUCAGUGUUCUGCUGUGCGAUGGGGGGUGUUUCCCAGCAGGCCCAGUGACUCCCAUCUCCACACAUGCCACCUGCUGAAUGUGGAAACCCUAGGAUGGAAGACCCACCAAGCGCUGCACUGAGGCACCGGAACGACGCUCUGAACCACCGCACCGACACCAUCAGCUUCUCCUCCACCGCAGCCAGCCUCAAAGGGACCACCGCAUCCUGGUGACGAACCUCCAGGAUGUUUGUUAACUUCCGCCGGAUACGAAAAUGCCAGUGUGUGCAGCUGAUGACCACCUGCCUGGUGCUGUCGGUGGUGAUGGUCUGCUGGGAGCAGCUGGACAACAACGUUGUCAGCCAUGUCAAGUCCUACUCCUACCGCUACCUUGUCAACCGCUUCACCUACCUUAACAAGAGCCUCACCAUCCCACGGGAACAGGCCCGCAGCUUCAGCAACUUCCGUUACCUUCUGGACCACCCCAGGAAGUGCGCAGACCAAGACGUCCUCCUGCUCCUUUUCGUCAAAACCUCCCCAGAGAACACUGAGAGGAGGAACGCCAUCAGAUCCACCUGGGGGAACGAAACCUACAUCCAAAACACCCUGGGAGUGACCGUCAAGGUGGUGUUCGUCUUAGGAGCGCCACAGACCGCCAAAGAGAAGCCCGACGGAGUUACCUUCCAGCAGCAGCUCAUCCACGAGGACGGCCUCCACGGGGAUUUGAUCCAACAAGACUUUUUAGACUCUUUCCACAACCUGACCCUGAAGCUGAUCAUGCAGUUCCACUGGAUGCACAGCCGCUGCGCCCACGCUCAUUUCCUCAUGACGGCUGACGACGACAUCUUCGUACACAUGCCGAACCUGGUGAAAUACUUACAGGACGUGAGCGGCAAAGGCAUCACAGACUUCUGGAUUGGCCGAGUGCACAGGGGAGCGCCGCCCAUCCGAAGCAAAGACAGCAAGUACUACGUGUCCUAUGAGAUGUACCAGUGGCUGUCGUACCCAGACUACACAGCCGGAGCGGGGUACGUGGUCUCCGGUGACGUAGCGGACAAAAUCUACCAAGCCACCCUGACCCUGAACGCCUCACUCUACAUAGACGAUGUGUUCAUGGGCAUCUGUGCCAACGCUGUGGGCGUGUCCCCACAGGAGCACGUUUACUUCUCAGGGGAGGGGAAGGCGCCCUAUCACCUCUGUAUCUAUGACCAGAUGAUGACCUCGCACGGUCAUGUAGAGGAUAUCUAUGACCUUUGGAAGGCAGCAACACACCCUCAGGUGAAGCAGAAGGCCUCUGGACUCUUAGGGAGGCUCUACUGCACCGCUGUGAAAGUGGCUCUGCUCUGUAAACCCUACUAUGUCAACACAUACUCCUGCAAAGCAGCCUUUUUGUAGUAUUCCCUUAGGUUUGUGUGUAUGUGUCAGUAUCUGAAAGUGUGGUAGCUCUGAGGGACAAAAUACAACAAAUUUCACAAAACGCACAAAACACUUUUUUACAAAUCACAACAUUCCAGAUUACAGAGAUGGUGGAACAAUACUAUUUGAAAUAUCUGUACAAAAAAUAUAUAUAUUCACAAGACACAACAAUAUGCAUCAAAAUGUGACGAUUCAGAACACAACAAAUUUCACAAGACGCGCAAAAUAUUUUUUACAAAACACAACAUUUCAGAUUAAAGGGAUGGUGGACAACAUAUUUUCAGAGGAAGUCGUUGGAACCAAACACAACAUUUUACAAACUACAACAUUUCAGCAAGCACAACUUUUAAAAACACAUUCAGAUUACAUGAAUAGUUGUGUUUUCAGAAAAAAAAAAGGUGUUUCAGAAAACCCAAAAACAUUUGUGAGAACAUCACAUUUCCACAACAUAUAGCAAAAUGGCAUUUCGGAAAACACAGCUACAUUUCAGAAAACAUUGAAAAUAUCGUAAAUUCUUUUUUUUUUAACACAUCAGAUUACAGAAAUAAUGGGAGGACUAAUGGGUUUUUUUUUUUUGGAAACAAAAUUAAUUUUUUAUAAAAGAACAUAUCACAAAACACAAUAUUUCAGUAAACAACUAAAUUUUGCGAAAUAGAUUUUAGAAAAUAAAAUGUACAUAAAGUAUCAGAAAACAGACAUUUCAGAAAACGUUUCAGAUUACAGAACAGGAUGACACGACCCUUCUUAUUUCACUUCUCCAUGUCAUUCUCAGAAAAAUCGCAGCAUUUUGUGAAACACUGGUGUGUUUUCUAAAAUUGUGUCUUGUGAGUUGUUGACUUAUCUGAAAUGCUGUACUGUUUUGUGAAAUGUUGGUGUUUUUUGACCAAUGGGGCCACCGUACAAAUGACAGGAUGUGUCAUACAUCACAGUGAAAUGACAAUCAAGGCUGCAGAUAUUAUUACCUCAGUCCUUUCGGUUGGGCACGAGUCUGUUGAAACAACAGCGGAGUAUCUUCUCUUUUUUGAGACACACAAGACACCAGAGUAUUUCUGUCUGUUCAUGUAACUGUGUGCUCAUCAUGACACAUCCAUGACCUCUGGGUUUCAUUAUUUAAGAAUAGAUUUAGACUUGCAUUGCAUUGACAGCAGAAUGUGUUGAAAAAAGAGAAAACGGUAAUAAUACAGAGUGGUCCAAAUGUCACUUCAACCCAAACCCACCAAGCAGAAGAAUGGGAUUUUUUUUUUUUUUUUUUUUUUUUUUUACAUUUUAAUUAACCUCUUUAUUCUGAUGCAGGAGCACAGUGCAUUAAGGCCCCUCUCAUUAGCAUGUGCCUCUUCAUUUAUUAAUAAAACCAAAAUAUGAAUGGACCUAAAAUAGCUUUUGUUUGUUUGAGAUGGUGAUAUGAAGUUAAAGUAUUGCCUUUGUUUGUUCCUUUUUUGUAAGUCAGUGGAAGCGAGAUAUGGGUCAGAGGUUCUUCUGAUCUAAAAAUGUCUGUGUCACCAAGUGCAAAAUUUCUAACAGUCACGUAAACCAUAGAUUAGAUCCAAUAGAAAAAUGAAUAGAUGGGAAAAAAAAGUUCCUCUAUAUAUAAUAAUGAGCAGCAGAGUGGGUUGACAAUUCCUUUGUUAUCUUUUUGUAAUUAAAAUUGUGAAAAAUGUUUUUUAACUAAAUAAAAUCUUGACUCUGUUGUAAGUAA